UCUCUAAGUUUAGUGGUGGAAAAGUGGAGGUGGAGGCAUCUUUGAAAGAAUGGAUAGUGGUCUGAGGACUUCAAUUUGGUGUUUCCCUUGGUCAGCAUGAAGUUGUGGGACUAAGCUUUGGAUUGAGGUCUGAUUGGUAAUGUCUAAGGAUGAUCAGUAUUUAUUGUUUGAAGAAUUCGGUUAAUUUUAUUUUUAGGGAGGUUAAACUCGCAGUGGUUGCAUAUUUUAUCCAAAAUUUACUUUGGCCUUAUUGAGAAAUAGUUAUUCCAAAGUAUUCAGUAUGCCUCCUUUUCUGAAAUUAGUGAAUGGUACUACUAAAUAAAAAUAAUAGUUUACAAAUAAUUCUCAAAAUGAGCGUCCAUGUAUAAUUCCAAAGAUUUCAGAGCUCUAUGAAGAGUCUUGAUCAUGAUUCCGCCUUCAUUAGAUCAUCUUAAAUAUUUCUUCGCUUCAUAAAAAGUCUAUGUUUGAAAAUAGUCUAAUUUUAUUCUGUUUCCUCUUCUCAAGGUGAAACGAAUUUGCAAUCACAAAUAAAAAACUCAGUGAAUUUUAGAAAUGACUGAGUUAAUUACAUGGGUCUGAAUCAAGUCUGAUAAACGUGUUUUGAUCAAAUUCAUUGAAAAAUAAAUGGAGUUUUAAAAUGUUUUUAAUAAAAUUCGUCCUAAGUUUACUUGUGAUAAGGCUUGGAGGGUCUCUUUGGAGAAGGUAGAUGAUCUAAUUUGAGCACUCCAAGACUUCAUAAAUGCUUCUAAACCUGCUGUUUUAUUGCCAUAUUUAUAACUCUAAAUAUAAUAAGCCUCUACUUCGUCUCUUUUUAAAGAAGAAAUUCAUGAAUGUGAGUCAAGAAAUAAAUAUCUAUUUUUUUAAUUUCUUAAAAUAUGAUUUAUGGGUAAGUAGAAGAAUAGAUUAUAUUUCAAACCAUCCAAUUUUCUGCUAAUUAUCUCCCUCUGAAUUUGCUCUAAAUCUUGUUCAAAUAUAUAUAGCUGCCUUAGCCCAAACCUCUUCAUCUGGAUUUUAUGUGGUUCACCAUAUUAAUAAAUAUUUUCUAAUAACUCAAAAUGGAAAAUGAAGAAAUUUCCAGCUGGAGAAUUAAGCAAAGGGUCAAAAAACGCUUUCUAAAUUAAAGAGAAUCAAUAGUAUUUAAAUCACUAUAUCUCUAUGUGAAAUAACUUCCAUUAUCUUAGGCCAGAAGUUCAUCCUUCACCUACCUAUUAUUACAGAUUUUAAAACAAGAAGUAUCUGAAGAAGUAGCUCAAUUUAAAACUUGAGAAAAUUGUAGUCGAAGCUUGGGUUAGUCUAGCGAUAAAUUCGUCAAAAUAUGUUCUAAUUGGUCUGAAUAUUUUCACAUAAAUUAUAUAUCAAAACUAUAGCUAACACUCUAGAUAUCAAUAGGUUAGAACUAAAUUGAAAAAUAAUCCAUGAAUCUAAAAAUUGUUGUUAUUUUAACUAAACUCAGAAAUACGAUUUGCUGUUUGACAACAAUAUCUCCAAUUACUUUCCAGAUUAUUAGCAUUUAAUUUUAUACUCUAUGACCUAUUGGUGUUAUACUUAUCAAUCCUAACAUCAUACAACCCCAUCACUUCCCAUCCACACCUAAAACUCUCUAAUCAGCUCUAAAUCCGCAUAAAAACCUCGAAAUCCUCCCUAAUCAAUGAAUCCCAAAACCUCCAAAAUUCCCAUACAAACGUACCCCCACAUUCCCUCAAAACU